GAUCCCCGCAUACAGCUGCGCAUAGCUCACCGUGCCCCUCACAACACACCACCAGCUUUAUUUGAAUUCAAAGCUUCCACAAUCUGGGCCCGAGUCUUUGUAUUUCUCUAAUCAGACAGCAUGUCGUUCGGCGGUCAAACACCGACCAUUGUGGUGUUGCGGGAGGGUACCGAUCAGUCACAGGGCCGCGGUCAGGUAAUAUCAAACAUCAACGCUUGCCUUGCUGUACAGGCCACGAUCAAGGGAACACUCGGACCAUAUGGCGGUGAUCUACUCAUGGUCGAUGAGAAUGGCAGGCAGACAAUCACCAACGAUGGUGCCACAGUCAUGAAGCUCCUUGAUAUCGUCCACCCCGCCGCCCGCGUUCUCACCGACAUCGCACGAUCGCAAGAUGCCGAAGUGGGCGAUGGUACCACUUCCGUCGUGGUUAUUGCAGGAGAGAUACUGAAGGAGAUCAAGGACUUUGUCGAGCAGGGGGUCAGUAGCCAGACUAUCAUGAAAGGCCUCCGGAGAGCAUCGCAUCUUGCUGUCAACAAGAUUAUGGAGAUCGCCGUAGACACUGCCGAGGGCAACCAGCGGGAUACUCUCCAGAAACUUGCCGCGACCGCCAUGAGCAGCAAGCUGAUUCACAGGAAUGCCGACUUCUUCACCAAGAUGGUCGUAGACGCUGUACUCUCGCUCGACCAGGACGAGCUGAACGAGAAGCUCAUCGGAGUAAAGAAGAUUACUGGUGGUGCGCUCCAGGAUUCGCUUUUUGUCAAUGGUGUCGCAUUCAAGAAGACCUUCUCAUAUGCCGGUUUCGAGCAACAACCGAAGACUUUCAAGCAGCCGAAGAUCGUGUGCCUGAACGUCGAACUUGAGCUGAAGAGUGAGAAGGACAACGCUGAGGUACGGGUAGAGCAGGUCUCGGAAUAUCAGGCGAUUGUCGACGCAGAGUGGCAGAUUAUCUACAACAAGAUGGAAGCGCUAUACAAGACGGGUGCCAAGGUUGUCCUGAGCAAGCUUCCUAUUGGAGAUUUGGCGACACAGUACUUCGCGGACCGCGACAUCUUCUGUGCUGGACGCGUAGCGGCAGACGAUCUCGACCGCGUAUGCCGCGCAACAGGCGCGAGCCUUCAAUCCACCUGCUCUGAUAUUCAGAGCAAGCACCUCGGAACCUGCGAAUCGUUUGAGGAGCGACAAAUUGGUGGCGAGCGCUUCAACUUCUUCGAGGGCUGCCCGGAGGCCAAGACUUGCACAUUGGUGCUUCGUGGCGGUGCAGAGCAGUUCAUCGCCGAGGUCGAGCGAAGCUUGCACGAUGCAAUCAUGAUUGUCAAGCGUGCGAUCAAGAACAGGAACAUUGUUGCCGGAGGUGGUGCUGUCGAGAUGGAGAUCUCCUCAUACCUACACAACUACGCCGACAAGAACAUCCCGCAUAAGCAACAACCUAUUAUCAAGGCGUUUGCAAAGGCCCUCGAGGUCAUUCCCAGGCAGCUCUGCGAUAACGCCGGUGUCGACGCGACGGACAUUCUCAACCGACUCCGCGUAGAACACAAGAAGGGCAACAUCUGGGCUGGUGUCGACUUUACAACAGAGAGCAUAGCGAACAACAUGGAGAGGUUCGUCUGGGAGCCUAGUCUGGUCAAAGUCAACGCUCUGCAGGCAGCAACGGAGGCGGCAUGCUUGAUCCUGAGCGUUGACGAGACAAUCAAGAACCAGGAGUCACAGCAACCACAAGCCCCCAACAGGCCGCUACCGCCUGGCGCUGCACAGAGGGCGCUGGGUGGAGGAGGAAGGGGACGCGGCCGUGGAAUGCCCAGACGGUAAAGACUCCAGAGCAGAAGAGAGAGUGUAUACCAAGACAGAGACACCUAUGCUACGCCAUGUCGCAGACGCAGAUGUCCAUGAAUAAUGCAAAAAUGAUGAAUCGAACAAGCAUCUUGUUCACAAGUCUUAAGCGCACCGAAGAAUUUUCGAUGAACAUGAAACGAUGCAGUGAAUUCUAGUAAGGAUCUUUGAAUUGCUCCUUCACGCUCGUUACGACUCCUUGAUACGUCUCUCGCCCCAGCUCAUGCCAUAACUCUUUACCCUACUAAAGUAGAAGGCACGAUCAUUCUUCAAUCCAAACUCGGCCCAGUCAUCCGUCAAUCGGUUAUAACUCCAGUACCCUUGCCAAACAAGUUUGUUGUUCUUAGCUCCUCGCCCUGCAUU